ACGGCGUGAAAGCUAUAUAUCCAGUGGCUACAAUAGGUUGCAUUUUCAAAGUGUCUUCGCAUUGUACAAUCUGCCUUUGACGGAACUGGAAGAGUAAAUUAUGAAGCGACUAGCGAGCCUGCUGCUGAUUGUCAUCUUGACUACAGAAUACGCCAGUGCUGUAACUGUGGUAAGAGAGAGGGAUGGGAGCAUGGAAAGUAGCAAUGGUAUAAACGGCAGGGUGGCGGACCAUGUUGGACAGUUAAUCAACGGGGUUGAACGCCUUCCUUACAUCGGGGAAAUAGUUAAGAACUUUUUAACACAGGCGAUAAACAUCGUGAUUCAAUUGGACGUUGCAACCAAAGGAAAUCUUAGCCGCAUGAUAAAUAGGAUAAUGCCAUGUACAAUUUCCGUUGACGGAAGUAUGAUGUGCAGCGGAGUUUCCAUGGCAUCACAAAUUCGUGAGCUCGUUACGAGCCUGAUAGACAUCUUCCUUCCUCCAUGGGCCAAGAUUGUGUUGGCCACGGUUAUAGCUCGCAUGAAACCAAUGAAUUUCACUGAUAACUGGUAGCCCGGUUCUAUCCAUCUGUGCAUAAUAUUGAUGUCAUUGAUAUUAUACAAUUAUCUAUGUAACGAUGCGUCUUUAUUGCAUCUGUGUUCGAUUAAAACUUUAUCUAUACAAUGA